CCAAGAUAGACAGCGACAUCAAAUACGACCUGUUUCUGCCAAGUAUAUUCAUUGCGCGUUCCUGUCACCGACUGCGUUGUAAUGGACGUGUGGAGACAUGUACGGCACGACUUGAUUAGUUCUUGGCGAAGGACCUAGAUUGAUAUAAGAAACAUCACAAUAACCCCAUCAAAUCAUACACAUCAUCAUCAAUAUUCCAGUAUCUCAAUCUCAUCCUUUGAAAUCAUUCAUAACACCGAUAUGCGCGUCGAUAGUCUCCCCAUCAUUCUGACGCUUGUCGCCCUGGGUGCCUGCGAGAACAACGUUGAGGCCGACGAUGUCCCGCAAGCGUGCCGCAGUGUCGAUGCCUGUCUAAAUAUCUUCGAACUCUCCAGAACCUGUGAUGAGUCGACGAGCAACUCCGACGGCUACAACGACUGUGUGUGCGGAUCGACCAUUGCACAGAGCACCUUGACAGACUGUGCCGAUUGUGUUGCCCGAAACGUGCAGCAGAUCGAAGAUCGCACAGAUAAUGACGUGACGGACUUGAUGUCCGAUUGCGGGUGGACUUACACCGGCACGAUUUUGUCGAGUGGAAGCGCUACGAUGAGGGCUACAACCAGUGCUGCAACAACUGCUUCUACGACCCUCUUGUCGCAGUCCGUCGCUUCGACAAUUGUGACCAUCACGAGUUCCGAUACCACGUUCGUGAGCACGCAGACCUCGGUUGUGGGAGCAUCUGCUACUACCGGUUCGAGCUCUGAGGCAAAGGCGCCGAUGGUGACUGCUGCUGCAGGUAGCUUUCUCUUUGGAAUGGCUUUGGCUCUGCCUGCGUUACUAUGAAUAAGUUCGAUGGCGAUUCUGAGUAGCUGAGUUGAAUAUGGUAUCAUCACAUGAUAAGACGUGCUGGCACGCAACAUGGUGGUUGAAGGGAUUAUCUCGCGGUUGGGAUGGUUAAGUAUCUGGAAUUAUCCGUACGUGUUAUGUUUUCGAAGUAUAUUUCACUGAGUGAACCCAUUGACCGACAAGCUCAUUGUAAUGAAAUAUUUAUCUAUGGUCACAUACAUAUAACUAUAUCAUCGUAUUACAAUGAUAAACUCGAAGCUUCGGCACAUUAUGAUAG